UCCUUACACUAGAAAUGAAAUUGAAAUGACAAGUUUGCUUCAUAGUAUUAAUUUAAAAAUUACUAUUAUUCUCUUACGCGGGAAUACCAAAUAGUACUAAAAGUAAGCACUGUUAGAAUAAUAGCAUUCUGAGAGAAGCAGAUUUUAAUAUUUGUAACUUUAAUUAAUCUGUAACUAGUACGCGUUAUGUUAUAUAUUUCAAUUAUAAAGUAUUUCAAAUAUAAAAUAUUAUAAUGUGUUAUACAAGCGUCUAAAAUGUAUCGCAAUAAUUUAAAUAAAAGUUUGAAACCAACUUUGAAAUAUCAACAGCCAGUGUGUGCUGAAUCUAAAAAAAGUUUAGAAAAUACCAAUGUUUUAACAGAAAAUUCAGAGCGAAAUUUUAUUAGAAACACUAAAAAAAUUCUUAAUUUAUUUAAAAAACCUGUUAUCAGUCAUAAGGAGGAAAAACGGGAAGACAGUGCUUCAAUUAAGGGAAAAGAAAAUAAUACAAUUAUUGUUAAAGAAGGUUUAUCCAUUAUUACUGGUAGUAAUACAGCUAUCUUUAAUGUAGUAAUCGGUAAAAAGUCUAUGAGAAAACAUAAAAGAUGGGAAAAUGACGGAACAUUGGAAGUUACAGGAAAACAUGCGGUCUUAAAGGAUAUAGAAGGCAGUGUUAUUCAUAAAACUAUAAUUAAUCCAGAAGUUUUGAUAGAAGGCUUUAGAAUGUACAUAGAUAAUAAAGAAAUUGAGAUAAUUGACAGAGCAACAUCCAAAUACAUGCCCAAUAAAUCAAUCUUAGAAAAAGUUUCAGAACCGCCCAUAAAGAAGUUGAAAACUUCAAAUUCUAAUCCAUAUCUUCCUUUAGAGCCAUUAUGUAAAGAACUGAAAUUGAGAUGCUGUCCAUUGGUAAUGCCAUCUAUAAAUAUUUCAAAAAGUUGGGUAAAUCAUGAUAUGUCAGAAAAUGAAACAGAAGUAUUCGUAGAUACCUGUUUAGUAAAUGUACUUAGACCACAUCAACGUCAUGGUAUUGUAUUUCUAUAUGAAUGUAUUAUGGGCUUAAAGGUACCUAAUUAUUUUGGGGCAAUUUUGGCUGAUGAAAUGGGGCUUGGUAAAACAUUACAAUGCAUUACAAUUAUUUGGACAUUGUUAAAGAAAGGACCAUAUGGAUAUCCAAUAUUAAAAUAUAUAUUAAUAGUAACUCCUAGUUGUUUGUGUAACAAUUGGAAUAAAGAGUUUAAGCAUUGGUUGGGUUUCCAUAGGAUAUCUCCCUAUGUUGUAGACGCCAAAAACAAGUCAAAAGAUUUCAGAAAACAUAUAAGGAACUCGGUUAUGAUUAUUAGUUAUGAUAUGCUUACCAGAUGUGAACAAGAAAUCAAAGAAAUACCUUUUAAUUUAAUCAUAUGUGAUGAAGGACAUAGAUUAAAAAAUAAUGAUAUAAAAGCAGCAAAGAUUUUAUGUAACUUGAAGUGUAAAAGAAGAAUUCUUUUGACUGGAACUCCAAUACAGAAUGAUUUGCAAGAAUUUUUUACUUUGAUUGAUUUUGUAAACCCUACUAUAUUAGGCAACAAUUCUGAAUUUAAAAAUUAUUACGAAAAACCUAUUGUUGCAUCACAAAGCCCUACUGCACCAGACCAUGUUGUAUCUCUUGGGACUGAAAGAGCUAAUGAAUUACGUGAAAAAACUAAAUGUUUUAUAUUACGUCGUACACAAGAAACAAUUAAUAAGUACUUACCUUCUAAGCAUGAAUUAAUUGUAUUUUGCCGUUUAUCGAUCGAGCAACAAGAUUUAUAUUCGCAAGUUACGGAUUCAUGGUUCAAUAAAAGUCUAUCAAAUAAUAACAUACCACAUUUAGCAGUAAUAACAGCUCUAAAAAAGAUUUGUAAUCACCCAGAAUUAUUUUAUAAUGAAAAAACUGAGCUUUUCUGUAUUGAUACAAAAGGUAUACAUAAAACUUCUAAUAUAAGAGAUAGUACAAAAACAGUAUACUGUGGAAAAAUUUCAAUUGUACAAACAUUAUUGAGAAAUUUAAAAAAGACGGAAGAAAAAGUAGUAUUAGUUUCAUAUUAUACACAAACACUUGAUAUAUUGGAAACUGUUUGUAAUAAAGAAGGCUUACAAUUUCUUAGAUUAGAUGGUAGUACAACAAGUAAUACAAGAUCUAAGAUUAUAGAACGGUUUAAUUCAACCAGUGACAACAGUAAAGUAUUUUUAUUAAGUGCAAAAGCUGGUGGAGUUGGAUUAAAUUUACCUGGCGCAUCUCGACUUAUAUUAUUUGAUUCAGACUGGAAUCCAGCAUCUGAUUCACAAGCUAUGGCACGAAUUUGGAGGGAUGGUCAAAAAAAAGAUGUUUACAUAUUACGAUUACUAACAACUGGUACUAUUGAAGAAAAAAUAUUUCAAAGACAAAUUAGCAAAGCAAAUUUAAGUGAAACUGUGGUAGACCUAAAUCCUUUGUCUUCUUUUAAGUUGUCUAUGAGUGAAUUAAAGGAUUUAUUUACAUUAACAGUAAAUACGAAUUGUUUAACGCAUGAUUUAAUGAAGUGUUCUUGCAAUGGCUAUAAAAAAUCAGAGGAAACAUCAGAAAAAUUACAUCAAAAAGGUGCUACAGGUUAUCAAUUUCUAGGAGAUAAAACUUUAAAAUCAAAUUUCACCAUAAACCAGCUUUUGAAAUGGGAACAUUACCAACAACCAAUUUCGGAUAAAAUAAUUCAAGAAAUUAUGCUAUCAGAAGUAUCUGACAAUAUAACUUUUAUAUUAAAAAAUUCUGUAGUAAAUAAAACAGAUUGAAAUGAUAAAACAAAUAUUUAUACUU